UAAUUCUUUUUAACACUCAAACGAUUCGUACUCAAACUAGGGAUCAUCUAUUGUUUUGUCACGUAAAAGUAUAGCCGAGACUUUAAGAUUUCGCAAAAUGCACGAAAAUGCUUUACAUAAAGUUCUCGAACGUGUUAUACAGUUAGACGUGCAGGCACAACGAAUAUUUCCACUCACAGAUGCAGUGACAUGCAGUCAACAAAGAACAAACAACUCGAAAUAUUUUUGAGUAUAUUAUUUCUUUAUACGAUGCUCGGUUGGAAGCGAUCCGCGUAGUGUAAUUCUUAAAGUUAAAAUAUGGUGUAAAUACAUACGUACAUAUAUGUACGCUGCUUUCAAUUAGAAUAAAUAUUUGUUGAAAACAAUUUUAGAUAUUUUAUUAAAAAAAAAAAAAACAAAUAAAUAAGUUGAGUGUUCUGUGUGUCAAGUGCAAUGACUCAAAUUCAGCUCGAGAGUUUGGCAACGGCGGAGAGAAAACCCGCGUCCUGUACAGAUGAACCCACGCAUUAUCCUCUUUGCUGUUCUGUACGUUUAUCCUACACAAUAUGCGCUUUCCUUGCAAUGCUGAUGCAUUUGUGCAUGCGAAAUAUAUUCAAUUUUACCAUACUCUGUAUGAGCAAUCCGGAUAAAGGCAGUCCGCCAGUGGUUAAUGCUAGUGAAUCAUUAAAUUAUUUAUAUGACAGUGAAAAUGUAUCUACAAUUAAUAAUUUGGGUGACAUUCAAUGGACACGCAAAGAAGAGUUCGCUAUACAAUCAACUUUCUACUAUGGUUACUUGGUGACACUACCGUUUGCCGGACGUUUGGCUGAUAGAUUUGGGGGCAAAUUCUUUUUUAUACACUCCGUAACUGCCCAGGCCGUACUGUUUAUGUUGAUACCGGUCUUUGCUCACAUCAGCUAUCUGGGAACGUUUAUAUUACGCUUAAUGCAGGGUUUAGUGGCCGGUUUUGGCAAUCCAGCGUUGUAUCAAUUAUUUUCUACAUGGGCUCAUCGAAGUGAACGCACUGCUUUACUCUCAUUUGCCUAUGCUGGUUACACGGUCGGUACUCUCGUUGCAUUUCCUCUCUCUGGUCUACUUUGCCGUUAUAAUUGGGAAUGGACAUUUUAUAUAGUUGGUCUCGUUGCUUUGGUUUUUGGAAUCUCAUGCAAUUGGUUAGUCUACAAUUCUUUGGAGGAACAUCCUAGAUUGUCAGCGGACGAGCGUGAAUAUUUGAAAUCAACAAACGAGGAAAAGUCAACGUCAAGUUGCAUUCCUUGGAAGAAUAUACUAACAUCGGCGCCAGUUUACGCGUUUAUAUUAACGCAUGUUUUCCACAGCUAUGGCAUAAUUGUGUUUACCAUGAUGUUGCCCCGUUUUCUAAAAGAGGCAUUGGGAUUCUCCCUAUCUGAAGCGGGAAUAUAUUCCACAAUGCCCUUUGUGGGUGGCAUUAUUGCGAAGUUCAUUAUAGUGCCCACAUGUACUUAUGUUGAAAGAAAACCAAAUUACAAGCCAACACUUUAUGGAAAAAUAUUUUAUGUUUUGUGUAUCGUCUUUACUAUUAAAUUUCUGGUCAUCGUUAUGCUGUUGAAUGCAAAACAACACAUUUUAAUUAAUAUAUGUAUUCUGCUUGUGGGAUUUUUCACUGAUUCUGCAUUUUCGGGUGGCUAUUGGCCCAGUUUAUUACACUUAACACCGUCAUAUAGUGGUUUACUGUCGGGAAUCGCAAACGCCUUUUCAACAAUUGAUGGCUUCCUGUCGCCAGUCAUUAUUUCCGCUAUAGCCGUGCAGGGCAAUAAGACUGAAUGGAAUAAUGUAAUACUUACAUUAAUUAUAUCUUACGUGUUAGCGGCCUCGAUAUUUGGAUCACUUGGCAGCUCGAAGCUGCGCUCUUGGAACAAUGUCAUUGCUACUGAAGAUGUUUAAAAUGCUGUGCCUUUUAAAUAUUUUAAUUAAAUUUUUAUAAAUUUUUUGUUUUCAUAUAAAUUAUAUUUUAUUAAUACCUACACGUAAAAUUUUUAACUCUUGUUAAUAGUUAAA